AUGGAGGACAGCCAACCCAGCGACGUCACGUACGUCCUGCAUAACUCCACCCUGUACCUCCUACUCUACUUAGUAGUGCAGCUGGGACAGUACCUCCUGCAGACCCUGUGGACCAAUAAGCUAGUCAAGACUUCCUUCCUCAAGUACCACCGAAAAAUUAAAAAAUCCUACUGCCAAUAUACAAAGUCAGCAGAGUAUCACGACAUUACCAACCAAAUAGAAAAUGUCCAAAAAAAAAUUAAAAAAUACAAAAAACUGAUAGAAGCAAAUAAAAAGUCAAACAAAAAUAUGAAUGAAUAUGACUUAUUAAUAUUGAAUGGGAAGUAUACAAGGAAAAUUUUGAAGGAAGAAAAAAAUAUGAACGAUUUGAUAAAUAUAUUGGAGCAGGAGAACCAAGGAGAUUAUUUGUUCCACACAUGCGAUGUGAUUUCAUCGUUGGUCACAUCCACCAGUGCCUUCGUCAAUGUCGUGCGCACACAGAUAACGGUCGCACUGCUGUUCCUCUCCCUGAAGUACCUCUCCUGUAGAAACGCGCAGGUGCCCUACGUGCCAGCCGAGACGGAUCUGUGGUUCGGAGAGCAUUUCAAAAUCGUCUCCACAGAACCGUGCGCCCAAAACCUCGUCAAUUUGCUCUACGGCUACAACACCGCCCACCUGGUGUUCCUCACGCUGCGGCAGAGCCUCUCAAGUUUGUUUGUCAAAUCAGACGUAAAGUUGAAAGCGGCUUAA